AUGGGGAAAGCUUGGCAAUCCUUGUUAAGGCUUGAUGUAAUAGGAAAAGAAGCCCUGCACACUGGAUCACAUUUCCAGCGUCGGAUGUCAUCAAGACCAGUGCCAAGUUGUACAGGACGGAUUUCGGACCAAAAGACACGUCAACGACUUGAAAUGGAGAUUGUAUGCUCUUCACCUACAAUGCUAGGACCGUCUCCACCACCGUCAAUCUUCACGCCUUUUUCGAAGCUGUAG